CCAAACCCCUCACCACAUUCAGCAUCAGUCUCUCUGUUUCUGCAAAACCCAAAGAGAUUAGAAAUGGUCCGAAGCAUCAAGAACCCUAAGAAAGCCAAAAGAAAGAACAAGGCUUCGAAGAAGGGAGAUGGGUCUUCGUCGUCUUCAGGGCCGCCGGCAAAGGUGUGGCAGCCAGGUGUGGACAAAUUGGAGGAAGGAGAAGAGCUCCAGUGUGACCCUACUGCUUACGACUCUCUCCACGCCUUCCAUAUUGGUUGGCCUUGUCUAAGCUUUGAUAUUGUAAAAGAUACAUUGGGGAUGGUGAGGACAGAGUUCCCGCAUACGGUGUACUUUGUUGCUGGGACUCAGGCAGAGAAAUCUUCUUGGAACUCUCUUAGCAUAUUUAAAGUAUCCAACAUUUCUGGGAAGAAGCGUGAACCAGUGCCAACCAAAUCUGGUGAUGAUGAGUCAAAUAUGGGUAGUGAUGAUAGUGGAAGUGACGAAGAUAGUGAGGAUGAGGAGCUCGGAGGAUCUGGCGCACCAGUUUUGCAGGCAAUUGUUUUCCUUUUUUUUUUUUUUAAUCGGAUACUUGCCGAUUCAAUUCUCACAUUUACCUUGCUUAGUCUUAAUUUCAUCUUUGAGCAUUUCCAAUGUUCUUGUUGUUAUGUGCAGUUGCGUAAGGUAACUCAUGAAGGAUGUGUGAAUCGUAUACGAGCCAUGACACAAAAUCCUCAUAUAUGUGCAUCUUGGGGAGAUACUGGUCAUGUGCAGGUUUGGGACUUCAGUUCUCAUCUUAAUGCUUUAGCAGAAUCAGAAUCAGAAGUUAGCCAAGGACCUUCUACCCAGGCUCCAUUGUUUACGUUUGGGCAUAAAGAUGAAGGAUUCGCUCUUGAUUGGAGUCCUGUUGCAACAGGAAGGCUUCUGUCUGGGGACUGCAAGAGUAAUAUACAUUUAUGGGAACCUACUGAUGGAUCAUGGAAAGUUGAAACCACUCCGUAUAUAGGACAUACUGCAAGCGUGGAAGAUUUGCAGUGGAGCCCUACAGAACCUGAUGUAUUUGCUUCUUGUUCUGUGGAUGGGAAUAUAGCAAUGUGGGACACCCGUUCAGGGAAGUCACCUGUAGCUUCUUUUAAGGCUCAUAAUGCUGAUGUAAAUGUUAUUUCUUGGAACAGGCUGGCCAGUUGUAUGUUAGCAUCCGGAAGUGACGAUGGUACCUUUGCUAUCCGUGACCUCAGAUUGCUCAAGGGAGGAGAUUCUGUAGUGGCACAUUUUGAGUACCAUAAACACCCUAUUACAUCCAUCGAAUGGAGUCCACAUGAAGCUUCUACUUUGGCGGUGUCAUCUGCUGACAAUCAGCUAACAAUAUGGGACCUUUCUUUAGAAAAUGAUGAGGAAGAGGAGGCAGAAUUUAAAGCUAAAACAAAAGAGGAAGUGAAUGCUCCAAAAGAUUUACCUCCACAACUUCUGUUUGUUCACCAGGGACAAAAAGACUUGAAAGAACUUCAUUGGCAUUCACAAAUUCCUGGCAUGAUCGUGUCAACUGCAGCAGAUGGUUAUAAUAUUUUGAUGCCUUCAAACAUACAGACCACCCUUCCAUCUGAUGGUCCUUGAAAGUUUUGAUAUCAGUAUGCUUCGUCCAAUCCGAAAUGUAGAUGCAUCAGAUCAUGUCCAAGAAAAGUAGUUGCAUCAUAUCAUGUCCAAGUAGCGGGUCUACAUGAAUGCGAUAUGCUUGUAAUUACAUAUGAGUGACAUUUUGUUCCUCCUGUUUACCCUUUUCUUUUGUUCUCCCCAAUUUGGGGGUCUGGUUGUGUAGGAGUAACAUCUACACUGUUUGCCUAAAGUUUUUGUAAUACUGGAAGUUUUUAUAGUUGUCUAUCAAGUUUAAUUAUCUCA